AUGGAUACCAUUUUGGCCAUAAAGGGGAAGGAUUUCGUCCUUAUAUCCGCUGACACAGUGGUAGGCAAAGGCCUAAUAGUGUUGGGUCAAGGCAAAUCAAAGAUAGAACGCCUCGGUGACUUUGCCAUGAUUGCUGCCGCGGGCAAUGGAGGAGAUCCGCAACGUUUUAUGAGCUUAAUCGCGAGGCACAUGGCUUUGCAUAGAGUGCAACAUAAUGGACAAAGUCCGUCCGUGAGGAGCAUGGCUCACUUUGCUGGCAAACAGAUAUAUUCAAGUGUGAAUGCGAAUCUCAACUUUAAGGUCUCUGCACUGAUUGCUGGGUGGGAUCCACAGGCGGGACCUCAAUUGCAUCAAAUCGAUGAGUUCGGGGGCUUAGUGUCCGUUCCAUAUAGUGGCCAAGGUUUGGGACUGCCCGUAUUUAACUCCAUUUUCCAAAAAGACUACUCGCCAGACAUUGAUGAACCGACAGCCUACCACGUCUUGAAGAAAUGCGUGGCAGCAGUCCAUGAGCGUGUCGUUCUCAACAUGCGCAACUUUGAGGUGUUCGUGGUGAAGGCAAAUGGCAUCACCGAGCUGGAAGCUAUCAAUGCGGACUCUUUAAAGACGGCGCCGCCAUCGAGUCUUUAAAAUAUUGAUUUCGUCCACUUCAUACAAGUCGGAUCUUUACCCUCAAUUUGCCAUCUAAUAAAUAAAAUGAACCAAAAUCAAA